GCGCAAGGAUUGCUCGUCCUGCAGCUCGACAAGCUCGGAUGGCCAGAUCUGUGUGGAGAGCUUUGAUGAUUACUGCCCAUCUGGUAUCAAAGAGGACUGCACCUUCAUCACCUGCUGCGUUGCAGAGGUCAAUGGCCUGAACUACUGGGGAAAAGACUGCCUGGCAUUCGGCACAUCCACAAACUGCACAGGCAAGUUGCGGACCAUCCUGGACCAGAUACAGCAGACUCCCCUGCUUCUGGAUGCGAGUUCCAUCUACGAUCCCUUGGUUCCCAGGCGGGCACCCACAGGCCGCCUGACUAACGAGUGCUACCAGAGCAACUGCAACCAGAUAUCAGAGGAGUACAUUGUCAACCAGUUCACUGGCUUUCAGACUGACCAGCGUGUGUGCCCAGUGGAAGAGUCUACAGACCGUGGGUUCGAAUGCUUCAUCGGUCCUUUUGAAGCAGAUGGCAUCACAGACGUGCUCAGCCAGUGCCAGAACGGCAGAUUUCAGUGGAAUUACUGCUUGAACCGCAAGACGAUGGACGGCAGACCACACACGAUGUGUUGCAGCUUCCUGUACCUGAACGCCCGUGGCGGCAUAGAAUGUCGCAUGAUGGGAGCUGCGCAGGGCACUUGCGAGACUCUGCUUCAGGAGCUAACGCGGAACUUGAGCACCAGCACCUACACCAUGAUCACCAACGGCCAGGUGCUGAAGUCAUGUUCCACUGAUGGCUGCAACAAUCCAGAUGACGAAAUCGCAGGCAAGGGUUCCGCUGGAUGCUUGAGCACAGGAUUUGAGGUCACGUAUGCGCU